GUGGCUCUAGCGAGCUCAGAGCUCGAGCCGAGCCGCCGAUCCGUUAGUCCGGUGCAGCAACAGCAAGAGACAACAUCAUCAUGGCAGUGGACAUGGAACCCUCGGAUGUGAUCCGCCUGAUCAUGCAGUACCUGAAGGAGAACAACCUGUACAGAACCCUGAACACCUUACAGGAGGAAACCACCGUGUCUCUGAACACAGUGGAGAGCAUCGACAGCUUCAUUGCAGACGUAAAGAAUGGUCACUGGGACUCGGUGCUGCUGGCCAUCGAGUCUCUUAAGUUACCUGACAACACUCUUAUUGACCUCUAUGAGCAGGUGGUUAUGGAGCUGAUUGAAAUGAGGGAGGUGGGUGCGGCUCGCUCACUCCUUAGACAAACCGACCCCAUGAUCAUGUUGAAGCAGACACAGCAAGAGAGGUACUACCACCUCGAGAACCUGCUUACAUGCUCCUACUUUGACCCUCGAGAGGCAUACCCUAAAGGCAGCAGCAAGCAGAAGAGGAGAAGGGCAAUAGCCGAGGCUCUGGUGAGGGAGGUCAGUGUGGUGCCUCCCUCUCGCCUCAUGGGGCUGCUGGAAGAAAUCGGAACUAUAAGGCUGCAGGAGUCUUCUGACAGCUCCCCCGACUCCACCAUCGACUCGUACGGAAAGAAGGAGAAAGACAGCUUCCCUACCCAGCUGUAUCGACACAUCAAGUUUGGACGACGGUCACAUGUGGAGUGUGCACGUUUCUCCCCUGAUGGGAGGUUUCUGUUUACCGGAUCAGUGGAGGGACUCAUUGAGGUUUGGAACCAUAUGACCGGUAAUAUCAGCAAGGAGUUGAAAUAUCAGGCCCAGGACAGCUUCAUGAUGAUGGACGAAGCUGUGCUGUGCAUGUGCUUCAGUCACGACUCAGAUCUUCUGGCAACCGGCGCUCAGAAUGGCAAAAUAAAGGUAUGGAAGAUCGAGAGCGGCUUAUGUCUGCGCAGGUUUGAGCAUGCCCGCAACAAAGGUGUGACCUGUCUGACCUUCUCCAAGGACAACAACCAGAUUCUCAGCGCCUCGUUUCACCCGACCCUCAGAAUCCACGACCUGAGGUCCGGCAAGACAGUAAAGGAACUAAAUGGCCACACGUCGUUUAUAAAUGAUGCAACUUUCACCCAAGACGGAUUUCACAUCAUCAGUGCAUCAUCUGAUGGCACGGUUAAGAUUUGGGACACAGAUUCCUGUGAAUGCCUCCACACUUUGAAAUCUCUGGAUUCAGAAGUCCCUGUCAACAAUGUAAUCCCUCUGCCCCAAAACCCUGAGCACUUUGUGAUCUGUAACCACUCCACCACAGUGGUCGUCAUGAGCAUACACGGUCAGACUAUAAAGACCUUCUCCUUGGACAGAACGGAGGGAGCAGACUUUGUGUGUUGCACUCUGUCACCCCAUGGUGAGUGGAUUUACUGUGUGGGAGAGGACUUAUUGCUGUACUGCUUCAACUACAAGACAGGAAGGCUGCAGAAGACUCUGAAAGUUCACGAGAAAGAAGUAAUUGGCAUCGCCCACCACCCACAUGAGAAUAUGCUCGCCACUUACAGCGAGGAUGGUCUCCUGAGGCUAUGGAAACCUUAAUCUGUCACCUGCAUUGCCAUAUGGAGGACUAAGAGAGCACUACACAUGUUUAUAAAGAUUUCUUUGUAAGACAGACUGCUCAUUAAGAGAACAAUCUCUCCAUAAGGUCCACAGAGUAGCUGUUCUGCAGCGUGGAGUUAUUGUCCACAAUCUUCAUCAGCAGAUGGAUAAUUUUUUAUUGUAAUGAAGCUUAAACUUUUUUAAUUUUCCAAGGAUGUGAAGGGCUUUUUAGAAAGAGUAGCUUGGAAACCAUCAAAUUCUUGGCAAAUGAGCAGAAUCCAUGUGUUGAUGAAGAUCAUGUGACUUUAAUAUGUGACACAUGACAAAACGAGCUACAACAGCUGCCAAAUGGACCCAAAUGGAGCCUCAGCAAUUCAUGGGUUUUUUAAACCAUUUUAAAAAAAGCAAUAGAUAAUAAAAGCAAAGAUUGUGCUACAUAUUUUAACAAUUUCUAUUCUCUCUUUUGAACUGAGACAGUUGUUCAGUUGGUUAUGCUCAACAACAAGGAGGCAAUCCAAAGCUGUAUUUGUACAGAAUCCUAUUUGAAAAAGAAAACCCAGAGAGGAGGGGAUUAUGGGUAAAUGCUUAUAGAAGCUGCACCUUAGGGAGCAAAAGAAUAGACUUCUCCUAAUCCUGCCUCAAAAUAUUGUGUUGACUUGAACAUUUUAAAGCCUUUUUGUCAAACAUAACUUACCCAAAACACAGAACAUUAAUCUUAAGAAAGCUGUUUGUCAAGAUGAGUAAUUUGGUCUUUGUACUUCAGAUUUUACACAUAAUCUCUUUAUACAUUUUGUUUGGUAUAAUCCUAUUCUUUUACAGAUUAUUUUACAGGAUCUUUGCUUUAUAAACCUAAGCAGUGCAGUCUUGGUCCUCAGUACUGUACACAUACUUCCUCAUGGAUCCAACUUCACCAGUGCAGUUUGAAUCCCCAUUUUCAUCUCUUGUGUCUUUAUCAGACAUGAAAAUGCAUGACGGUGAACUGUCGUGAAACUAUUUAUAAUAAAAAAAGUGCUUCUUGUUUGGGCAUAAACAAACAAUAUCAGGUAUUUGAUUUGCCAGCUUUGGUUUUUAAUACUACUUUUGUAUCAAUCAAUGAGCAAUGACUCGGAUGUAAUGAUCUGUUUUGUCCUCCGUGUGUUCUGCAUGCUACCUCAGUACAGUCUAAAUGUGACAACAAUAAUUUAAGUUUUCUUUAAAUUAUGCAUGGUGACUGAUGAUAAACCUCAAUGAGCUUCCUGUUGGUAUAUAAUGUAUUCAAAGCUGUCAUUUAGUGUCAGUCUGUUGUAUUGACUCUAACCUGUGUCCUUGUGCAUCAGUAGGACAUGUAUUCCUGCAAAAACAGAGCUACUGCCUCCACUGGUAUUAUUUUUGUGCUACAGUAUACGAUACAAACUAUCUCUGUGCUGUCAUCGAUAUUUCAUUGUUACAAAGUUCAUGACAGUAUAUUUUGUAUAUUCAUUAUGUUGUAUAUAAAGCUAUCAGAUAUGUCAGAAAUGGUUAUCAAUUAAAUUUAAAACUUUA